AUAACGCAGUAGAAUGAUCACAUAAAAGGCAGAAAAAAUAAAUGAAAAACUAAAGACUAAAACAAUGCAAAGGGGGCGGAGUGACAAUUUGUGUAGUUCGUAUUAGGUCUACAUUGUCCAUCAUUUUACCGUCCACUCUAACGCGUUUUCGGUAGCUUAUCCCAUCAGGCUUCUUGAGCCUGUGGCCGUGACGUCAUCGAGGCAGCGCGUGGGAGUGACGUCAUCCCAUCAGCCUGAUACUGCCGUCGGUGCUGUGUCUCCACACGCAUAUUCUUGAACAUUGCUUACACCCACAUAUUCGAGUAACUUCAUAUUUUGACUGUAUGGAGAAGGGUUUUUUUACAAGAAGAGAAAACAAGCAGCCUUUCUGAACAUUUACCUGUGGAAUAACUUUGAAAAUGGCCUCGUCGUUUCAUCUGCCGAGAAGCAACAGCACAAGAGACACGUUGGAGAACACGAGCAGCGAGUCUUCUGAUAAUGAAACAACAGAAAAGGAGAGAUCUGUCGAGCAAAGAAGUGACGAUGGAAACGCGGAUGAGUCUAAGAAAAAGAAACAGAGACGACAGCGGACUCACUUCACCAGCCAGCAACUGCAGGAGCUGGAAGCCACUUUUCAGAGGAACCGGUAUCCGGACAUGAGCACCAGAGAGGAGAUCGCAGUGUGGACCAACCUCACAGAGGCCCGAGUCCGGGUCUGGUUUAAAAACCGAAGGGCGAAAUGGCGAAAGAGGGAGCGCAACCAGCAAAUGGAUUUGUGUAAAAACAGCUAUCUGCCCCAGUUUAGCGGUUUAAUGCAGCCUUACGACGAUGUGUAUCCUGCGUACACGUACAACAACUGGACCAACAAAGGACUAGCGCCAGCCCCACUGUCCACAAAGAACUUCACCUUCUUUAACUCUAUGAGUCCCCUCACUUCCCAAUCCAUGUUCUCAGCUCCAAGCGCAAUCUCAUCUAUGAGUAUGGCAUCCGGGAUGGGACAUUCUGCCAUGCCCGGCAUGUCAGCGACAGGUCUGAAUAACAUCGGCAAUUUAAACGGCAUCGGGAGCUCGUCGAUCAGUUCGGCCAUGGGUUCGUCCACAUGUCCGUACGGGCCUCCCGGCUCUCCUUACAGCGUGUACAGGGACACUUGUAACUCCAGCCUUGCGACGUUAAGACUGAAAUCCAAGCAGCAUCCGUCUUUUGGAUACAGCGGUUUGCAGAGUCCCAGCUCUAGUCUUAACGCAUGUCAGUACAAUAGUUGACGAGUUACACACCAAUAAACGGAUAUCUGAACCUAUAUACUGGAUUAGAUGCGAUCGGCAUUUUCAAACGGAUUAUGCGGAUAGUCUGUGUUUACCUAAACUUGCACAACAAUUUAAUUGUCCAUCGUUGGGAUUUUGGACAUUAUGGAGACAAGUUAAAAGUUAUACACAAUGUACAUAUAAACUAAACAUAUAAACGUGGAUCAAUGGAACAUUUACACCAUUUGAAAACAAUGCUGUGCUCUAUUUGGGAACAAUGGGUUUGUCAAGACACGAACCUAUGUAAAACUAUAUAGGACUAUAAUGUUUAGUAUGCUGUGUAGGCCUCUACAGCCUAUGGCACUGUUCGAUUGUGUUUGUGAGUGGCCUUCUCCUGUACUCUCAUGCAGAGGUUGUGUUGUCCUCGUGCUUUCUCAUUAACAUUUUGGAUUCAUUUCCUCAUAGUUGUUUGAUUGCCUCAAUAAAUUACCGCAUGCUAAUUCCGAGUGACAAAAAUUUUUUUUGUAAAUUGUAUUAUGAAUGUGUAGACUAAAUAACAAAGCUAUAACUUUAUAUUGUACUCAUGUUGAUUGAAAUUUGUGUUUACAUGUUUACGGUAAUGUUUGAAUAAACCUCAAAAGAAUUUCCAAAACGAUUCAAGAGAAUAAUGCAGGUUAUCCUGUAAACGUGGACGUUAAUUUUAAGAGCAUUUUUUUUUUUCGUUUAAACAUUCUGAGAUUUUGUUCAUGUAACAUUUUUAGCUUUUUCAGUCUCAUGAUUGAGUUCACCUGUAAACUAUUUUACCGCUCUCUUACUCGUUUCCAGGCUUGAAAUACUCGUGGGGUGCCUUUUAAUCGCCUAUGUUGAACUCGACGUUAGCAUUGACCAAUUAUUGUUAUGACGUUUCGGACGUUAUAGUUCAUCUUACCUUCUUGUUUUAAUGCUUUAACACAUGCGGUAUUAGUGUGUGUAGUACGCGUUUACACAAGUCACAAUUGUUUUAUAGGCUAAAUUGUUUUCAUUCUAGAGUAGAAAGUAAAACCCAAAUCUGACUUUAGGAAGUGUGAUGCAAACGUGACAAUCAAUACCGGAAUUUAUUUUCGUCGUUUUUAUCGGCCUUGUGUACUCAAAGCGAUAUUAAGGAAAACCUCUGUCGUAACUGAUUGUUUACUCCUGGUCCAAUCUCACUGAUAAUAAUGUCUUUAAUUUCCCAAAAGGUCGACUUUGUGAGACC